GAAGUUGGUAACCCGACCCACACAACCAACACCCAGAUAACUUCCUAUAUAAACCUAACGCAUAACAGAACUCCCCCAUCAAGCACCAAACAUUUCCUCAUUCCACAGGCUUUUUCAGUAACAAUUCCGUCACUUCAAAUUCAAUGGAACAGCAAAAAAUAGUUAUGAUCAUGACACUUUUGCUAGUUACCUUGUUUUCGACUGGCGCCAUUGCACAAUCAACCGACUGCACCAAUGUGCUGAUUAGCAUGUCACCCUGUCUCAAUUACAUAUCCGGGAACUCAUCAACUCCAUCGACCGGAUGCUGCACACAGCUCGCCUCUGUGGUUCGGUCCCAGCCACAGUGCUUGUGUCAGGUCCUUAAUGGUGGUGGCUCCUCCUUGGGACUCAACAUAAAUCAGACCCAGGCUAUGGCCCUGCCAAAGGCUUGCAAUGUUCAGACUCCACCCGUCAGCCAGUGCAAUGCUUCUGGUUCACCUGCUGCUUCUCCUGAUGGAUCACCGAAUUCUCGAAACACAAACCCUUCAGAGGAUGGAUCCAAAACUGUACCAUCGACCGGGGAUGGAUCGUCUGAUGCAGCUUCCACCAAGUUGGGAACCUCUCUGCUCUUCUUCCUUCUUUUCAUAACAUCAUGUUUGUCCACCUGAUUUUUCACAAAGCCUGCAAGCCUUUCACUAUAUAUACAAGUAUAGACAGUUCGCUUUCCUAUUUCUUAGUUGGGAUUCCUCUUGAGUUGAUAAAUCAUUGUAUUAUUUAUUCAAUUAUGACCACUUUUGGAGGUCCAUCUGAUUUUAUAUGGUCGGAGAGACUUUAUGUCAUCUUCUUAUUAUAAUAAAGAUUCAUCUCUUUUGAUUGGAA